AUGGAGUCCCAGGAUCUCUCCCAUCACUUCUCAAAGGCUGCGCGAAGCAGGGUUCCUAAUGUGAUGAAGGAGUACUAUCGUUUUCUGCGCGUUCCAGAAAUGGGCAGCUUUGCCGGAGGCUCGCCAUGCCCCGAUUACUUUCCUUUCGAUACGCUUGAAUUUUCUGUUGUUCAUCCAGAGAGCCUGUCUGUGAAAACCCAAGCCAAUGGCUCGACACCACACGCGCAAGUCAUUGCCAAUAAGGUAAGCAUCCAGCGCUCUGUACAGUCUUCGCAUGUAUCGCAACAAAUUGAUUUGGAUACGGCACUUCAAUACGGAAUCGCGUCAGGAAAUCCGGCCCUGUACGCAUGGCUGCAUAAAUUGUUAAGGACAGUGCGUCACCCUGAUGUUCCGUAUACACCGGGUCCUAAGAUUAUUAUUUGUGGCGGCUCAGCAGAUGGGCUAUCUAAGAUCUACGACGUAUUUUUCGACCCUUGGGAGGAGGGCGUGCACAAACUAGAGGAUCGACAAGGCCUUCUUGUCGAGGAAUUUGUAUACCCUCCCGCGCUGGCACAGCUCAAGCCAAAGGCUGCGAACAUAGUGCCUGUGAAGAUGGAUUCUGAAGGGUUACUGGUAGACGGGCCCGGUGGUCUCCUUGAUGUUCUGGAAAACUGGAAUUUGAAAAAGGGAAAGAGACCGCACAUGUUCUACAGCGUUCCAACCGGGCAGAAUCCAACAUCCGGCGUUUUGUCAUACCAGCGUCGAAAGCAGAUAUAUGAGGUGUGUUCGAAAUUCGACGUUCUGAUUGUGGAAGACGACCCAUAUUGGAACCUCUAUUAUCCCUCUAGUACAUCACGAUCUGCACAAGAUGGUGAACAUGCAAUCGAUAAGAUUGUUUCGCAGCGCGAAAAGACCAGCACAGGUUACAAAUUCCUUGACGAGCUCAUUCCAAGCUUCCUUGAAAUCGACACUGACGGGCGCGUGAUUCGCAUUGACACCUUUUCCAAGACAAUUGCACCCGGAUGCCGGCUAGGCUAUAUCACAGCCCAGCCUGGCAUCUGCGAACAGCUGUUUAGGGUAACUGAUGCAACCACUCAGCAGCCCUCUGGGUUCGUUCAGGCCAUUAUAGCAAAGAUUCUCAGUGGCCUUAACUCAUCUGUUGAAAACCCGGAGACAAAUGGAGACAAAUGUCAACAAUCAGCACUCUGGGGAUUCGAUGGUUGGGUUCACUGGGUUGAAGGCCUUCGGGACAAAUACCAGCAACGCAUGAUUACCAUGGCGACGAUAUUCGAGCAGAAUAGGCAUAUAAUUACUGAAAGCGAUACAGUCCCGAUGUUCCAUUUUUCAUGGCCACGAGGUGGCAUGUUUAUCUGGGUAAAGAUCAACAUUUUCGCGCAUUCUCUAGCUUCGUCCAUUGAUACAAAGCGUUUGAUGCUGGCCUUAUGGAUUUUGUGUACACAAAUUCCUUAUCGGAUUAUCAUGAAUCCUGGAAAAGACUUCGCAGCAAAUGCUCAAAUUAGAGACGAGAAUGCCUAUCAGUACCUCCGCUUCUGUUUCGCUGCCGUCGAUGAAAAAAUACUUGUCUCGAAAUCAAAAGCCUUUACUGAGGCUUGUAAGGCCUUUUGGAAAUUCAAUAGAAAGGAGGAUAUUGAUCGUAUUCUCGAAGAAGAAGACAAGUUGUCCCGUGGGUCUAAUGGUGAGGUACAAACAGCAGAUGACGUUGAACGCAUGGUUCUUGAAGAUUGGUAA